AUUCGUGCGAUGGCGGCCGUGGCGUAGAAGGGGCGGAUUGUUCUGCCUGGUGUUUGUGCAGUCUCAUUAAAGUCUGAUAGGUCUCAUAAUACCGGUUUCUUUACCUUGUCUAUAUUGGGGUCCUUUUCGCCCCCCCAGCGUGUAGGAAAAAAAUUAGUACUGUUACAAGAAUUCGGUGGAUCAGCUAUCCCAAAUGGUACACCACGCGACACGAAAUCGCACUUGUUGACGAGAUGAAACGGGGGUCAAUUUGUAUUCAGGGGCUCGUCCCGUGUAUGAUCUAAUACCUGAGAUCAUAAUAAUGGUCAAUGUCCAUCGGCCCAGGAGAAAAGCCGUUCGAGUCCACAGCCGAACUCCACACGGUCCACGUUCCCGUUGACGUCUUUGCUCACGAAGAAACUUUGCAAUCCACGACUCAUUGGACUUUCUCCCUUCCCUUGCCAAUCGACCCACCCCUUUCCAUUCCGCCGGCAUCCCUUUCCUGCGCCCGCCCGACAUUCCGGCCGGAACCUGUUUCCCCGACGCCCUCUCCGUGUCUGUUUGAAUGGCAACACCAAGUCCGAGCAGCCCACUUCUCCACGUCUACCUACCCGACACGCGCAGAGAUCUCCGCGACCGACGGCAGUCCCGGAGAUCGAUCAUAACACAUGCCGCCCAGGACGAGAGCGGGGGUGCAAAGCCAGAAACAAAAGGAAAAGCUUGCGAACUCCUACAAUGAAUUACUCGAAGAGUUCUCGUCUAAGGAUCUGCGGAGCGUGGGGAAUUACACUAUAGGGAGAUUGAUAGGGAAAGGGUCCUUUGGAAAGGUCUAUCUCGCAUCGCAUAAACUUACCAAUGGCUCCAAGGUAGUGCUCAAGUCCUCCAGCAAGGAGGAUACCAAUCUAGCACGUGAGAUCCAUCACCAUCGUCAAUUCCUUCACCCUCAUAUCGCGCGCCUUUACGAAGUCGUUGUAACGGAGGAUCUGGUGUGGCUGGUGUUGGAAUACUGCGCUGGCGAUGAGCUUUACAAUUACCUCCUGCGCCACGGUCCCCUCCCUGUCAAUAAAGUGAAACGGAUAUUCACCCAGCUGGUGGGUGCGGUGGCCUACGUUCAUAGCAAGUCUUGCGUGCAUCGGGACCUCAAAUUGGAGAACAUCCUACUUGACAAACAUGAAAAUGUCAAACUAUGCGACUUCGGAUUCACGCGCGAAUAUGAAGGCAAGGCGAGCUAUUUGCAAACGUUCUGCGGUACUAUAUGCUACAGUGCGCCGGAAAUGUUGAAGGGGGAGAAAUACGCGGGCGAGAAAGUGGAUGUUUGGAGCUUGGGCAUCAUUCUCUACGCGCUUUUGGCCGGCGAGUUACCUUACGAUGAUGACGACGAUCAACUCACCAAGAGCCGGAUCCUCACAGAGGAGCCAAAGUACAACGACAAGUUUCCUGAUGACGCCAAAGCCUUGAUCAAUCUUCUUCUUUCCAAACGGCCAUUGAUUCGGCCGAGUCUUGACGACAUACUCGCUCAUCCGUUCCUCUCUGAGCAUGCCCCCGAACAACUUGCUAUUCUCAAGAUUCCCCGACCCUCGCCUUUCACGACGCCGCUGGAAAAGACGACAUUGCAACGGAUGAAGAGCGCUGGUGUCAACAUUGAUGAAGUGAUCGAGAACGUUCUUGCGCAAAGAUGUGACCCACUGGCUGGAUGGUGGGCCCUGUUGAUUGAAAAGGAGCAGCGCAAAGAACUGAAGCGAGAGCGCAAACGCCGGGAGCGAGAAGUCGAAGCAAAGAAUCUCCGCCGACUAAGUGCGGCUAGUAGCCGGUUAGAAAAGCUUUCUUCGGCCUUGGUGGAAGUCGACGAGGAAGGCCAGGUCACGUCGGGCUCACUCCAGGACCGUGGGCGGCGUGAUAGGCGAAGUCUACCGUCCCAGCUGGCGGUGCCAGAGCUUCCUGCACUCCCCGAGCCAUUGCCUGUUCAUUCACCCGAUACGAGCAACCCACCAGCGCCCAUCGACAAAGACUCUGCCGCUGACAGGCGUUCGAUCACAUCGGCUUCGACGUCGGUUCGUCGCCGUCCCGUACCCCCUCCAAAGGACAAGAGAAGGUCACGGCCCAGUAUGCUACAUGUCAGUGCAUCACAACCAGAGCUGACGCAGCACCAUGGAAUUUUCCGCCGACGCACUCCUCGACGCCAUCACCCAAUUCUCAGCCAGCUCGCAUCGCUCAAGCAUUGGUUUGUGGAGUCUGCCAAGCGGGCCAAGUCUCCCAGUUCCAAGUCAGGUGGCUCACGCAAAUUCCUAUCGGAAAAGUUCAGUCCCGCAAAGAGUCAGGAUUCCGGAAAGAAAUCCGCGUCCCCAUCUACUGUGGGCGAGGCUCCGGCAGAGGUAGUGACGCCGACUCAAAUGAAGCGCAUUUCCACUGCCAGCAGUCUGGCUCCGAGCAGUGCCUCGUAUCGUCAAAACCGACACUCCUACCCGCGUCAGCCUCGGCCACUAAACACUGGCCAUUCCAGCAAUCGCAACUCUCUCUCGCCAUCUCCUAUUACGCCCCGGGGCUCAUAUCGACGGUCGUCAGCUGGACUGCGUGGCCGUAAAUCAACAUCCUCCUCCGUUUCGUCUAUCCGCAGCAUACACCAUACCCGUGCGCACUCUAAAGCAUCGUCAAUUUCGUCAAAUAGCAUCGACACGGUUGCGACGCCAACAGCACGAAUCUCCAAAUCUCCUCAUUCGUCUAUUAAAGUCCUGCCUACUACACCUGGCUCAUCUGCCCGCUUCCCGAGCAGUGUUCGGUUGGUGCGUGGUCCUAGUGGGCCUCACAGGGAGCUCGGGGAUCAUGUCGGACAUAUACCAUCCGCUUUUAAUGAAGCCGCUCCUGGUCCGAUUCUCUACUCACCAUCCUCAAGUCUAGUCUUUGCCCGUCGAAAGCGAUCCGCUUUUAAGGGGCCUAUGAUCCAUACAUCGAAUCCGAUGGUCUCAGGUAGCAUGCUUCAUUCACCUCUCCCUGGUCAGGCUUUAGAUAGCGGAGAUGCGAUUCCCGUCGCUGCACGCCCUGCUGCCCGCAAGAGCCAGAUCAUCGAAGAGGAGGAAGAUGACGAAGGUUUCGAGGACGAGAUUGAGGAAGUCGACGAAUUCACCGGCCCGGAGGAAGGCCUAGACACGGUUACCGCAGAGGGUGACCUUACACCUCGGGUGUCCGCCGCGCCGGUCCCCGAGCCUGGCUCCCCUGAAUCGGACCGCAAGCCGGUCCUCGAGCCUGCCCCGGAGCUUGAAACCAGCCCCAGACCCCCACGGUCAUCAUCGCUUCGUUCGCCGCCGUCUGAGGUAGGAGUAGCACGUUCAGACGACGCCGUGGAGUUGGUCUCUCAAGACAGUAAUGUCAAGAUUGACAUAACAACGGAGGCACCCAGCGAGGUUACUGCUAAGCCAGUCGCCAUCUAGUAGUACUGCCGAUGCUUUGCUUCUGAUGCUGCUUCGCCGAUCUUCCACUCCUCCCACGAUUCUCAUUUCAUUGCGCGAUUUGAUAGACGAUAGAGCUGCUACUGUUCCUGACCCUGUUCCUAUUCCUAUUUCCCUUGUGUCCCCGCUUGUGAUUUUUCAUAUACCCCCCAUGUUUGUUUGCAAUUCCAUACACAGCCUGUGUACGUGUUUCUCAUUGCUUGCAUUUUAUAUCCCGAUAUCUUUUUUGACUUCUCAUGGCAUUGUUAUCAUCAUCUCCAGCCCGCUUUCUGUGGCUGUGGUUGACUCUCGCCUUAACCCUCGCUCCAAUUGUCCUUGACUCAUUCUGUUUAAUUGCCCUGCGCUGUGACGCCCUUUCUCUGUCGAGAUUUCCUAUGACCCCAUCCAUCUCUGUCCUUUUGAAUGUCAGAUAUCUCUUUUCUUUCUUGUCAGGCUCGCAGUGCCUACACUGUAACCCCUAUUAUAGACUAUUUUUGUUUCUCUUAUAUGCAUUUCUGCCUGCAUAAAGGCAUCAACCUAACUUUCAGCGAGAACAGGAACACAAUGCUAAGAGUUAGUUCCAAGACUCUUUCCAGGGUCAGAUCAAAAUGUAUUCUACGGAAGCAGUGAGACGGUAUCAC